CACAGCGUGCUGGGGGCAAACUACAAUGACUGACACAACAACAGUAGAAACUACACUGGCAGAUACAACAACUCAAGAAACAACACAAGCAACUACAACAGCUGAUAGAACAACUGAAGACGGAUCUACACCACCUGUCACAACAACUGAAAAAUCUACGACAGCUGAUACAACAACACAAGAAACUACACCAGCUGAUACAACAACUGUUGAAACUACAACGGCUGAUACAACAAUAGUAGAAACUACACCAGCUGAUACAACAACUGAAGAAACUACAACGGCUGAUACAAAAGUAGUAGAAACUACAACAGUCGAUACAACAACUGAAGAAACUACGACAUCUGAUACAACAACUGAAGAAGCUACGACAUCUGAUGCAACAACUGUAGACACUACGUUAGCUGACACAACAACUGAAGAAACUAUACCGGCUGAUACCACAACACAAGAAACUACACCAGCUGAUACAACAGCGGCUAAUCCAACAAUAGUAGAAACUACACCAGUCGAUACAACAACUAAAGAAACUACGACAUCUGAUGCAACAACUGUAGAAACUACGUCAGCUGACACAACAAAUGAAGAAACUACACCGGCUGAUACAACAACACAAAAACUACCGGCUGAUACAACAGCACAAGAAACUACACUAGCUGAUACAACAAGUGAAGAAACUACACAAGCCGAAACAACACAAGAAACUUCACCAGCUGAUACAACAAACACUACAGAAGCUUACACAACGACUGAAGAAACAACUUUAGCUGAUACAACAACUGUAGACAAUACACCAGCUGAUGCAAUAACUGAAGAAACUAACCAAGCCGAUACAACUGAACAAACUACAAAAUCUGAUGCAACAAAUGUAGACACUACAUCAGCUGACACAACAACUGAAGAAACUACACCGGCUGAUACAACAGCACAAGAAACUACACUAGCUGAUACAACAAGUAAAGAAACUACACAAGCCGAUACAACACAAGAAACUUUACCAGCUGAUACAACAACUGAUACAACAACUGAGAAACUACAAAGCCGAUACAACACAAGAAACUACACAGCUGAUACAACAACUGAAGAAACUACGACAUCUGAUGCAACAACUGUAGACACUACAGAAGCUUACACAACGACUGAAGAAACAACUUUAGCUGAUACAACAACUGUAGACAAUACACCAGCUGAUGCAAUAACUGAAGAAACUAACCAAGCCGAUACAACUGAACAAACUACAAAAUCUGAUGCAACAAAUGUAGACACUACAUCAGCUGACACAACAACUGAAGAAACUACACCGGCUGAUACAACAGCACAAGAAACUACACUAGCUGAUACAACAAGUGAAGAAACUACACAAGCCGAAACAACACAAGAAACUUCACCAGCUGAUACAACAAGUGAAGAAACUACACAAGCCGAUACAACACAAGAAACUACACCAGCUGAUACAACAACUGAAGAAACUACUCAAGCCGAUACAACACAAGAAACUACACCAGCUGAUACAACAACUGAAGAAACUACGACAUCUGAUGCAACAACUGUAGACACUACAGAAGCUUACACAACGAUUGAAGAAACAACUUUAGCUGAUACAACAACUAAACUACACACUACAUCAGCUGACACAACAACUGAAGAAACUACACCGGCUGAUACAACAGCACAAGAAACUACACUAGCUGAUACAACAAGUAAAGAAACUACACAAGCCGAUACAACACAAGAAACUUUACCAGCUGAUACAACAAGUGAUACAACAAGUGAAGAAACUACACAAGCCGAUACAACACAAGAAAAUACACCAGCUGAUACAACAACUGAAGAAACUACUCAAGCCGAUACAACACAAGAAACUACACCAGCUGAUACACCAACUGAAGAAACUACGACAUCUGAUGCAACAACUGUAGACACUACAGAAGCUUACACAACGACUGAAGAAACAACUUUAGCUGAUACAACAACUGUAGAACUACACCAUCUGAUACAACAACUGAAGAAACUACACUAG